UCUCAUCACUGUUUGUACCCCUACAGUGCCAGGCGACGAGCGGAGUAACCAUGGCAACGACAAACGAGAAACAUUGAAGUUUAAUAUCAAGUCAUAUGGAAGAGUUCUCGGUCUAUAUUGUCUAUCUGUUCUCAACCUUAGCACAUUCCAGCUCAAAGGCAAACGGAAAGCGCUUGGAAAGUGCUCGCAAAGCGCCAUUUACUUUUUGGUAGCCUAAUGCAAAGUCGCAGCGCAAAAACUCAAAGAUAUACCGUCAUAGGUAAGAUUGGUGAAGGUGCACAUGGCUUGGUGCUCAAGGCUAUCGACAACAGUAGUCCAGUGCCAAAAACCGUUGCUCUGAAGAAAAUAUUGCUGAAGAAGAUCGACGAUAGCAUACCCAUUUCGGUUUUGCGCGAAGUCCAAACUUUACAGCUUCUCAAACAUCCAUAUAUCGUUGAACUUUUAGAUGCGUUCCCAACUGGCUUAGACUUCGUCAUGGUGUUCGAGUUCAUGCCCUCGGGACUCUGGGAACUUCUGAAAGAUUACGAUAAGCCGCUAAAAGAUUCGCAAAUAAAAACGUAUAUGAAAAUGCUGCUGGAGGGCGUCGCCUACAUGCAUUCGAACAAUAUAAUGCAUCGAGAUUUGAAACCCGCUAAUUUGUUGAUUUGUGAGAACGGUUUGUUGAAAAUUGCCGACUUUGGACUCGGAAGAUUAAUGUGGGAAGACGUGAGUCGCCCUUACUCGCACCAAGUAGCAACGAGAUGGUACCGCGCCCCGGAACUGCUUUACGGUGCGAGAUUCUACACUUCGGCAAUCGACAUGUGGGCGGUUGGUUGUAUUUUUGGCGAAAUGCUCAACAACUCGCCGCUCUUUCCCGGUGAAAGUGAUAUCGAGCAAUUAGCAAUAGUACUAGGACACCUUGGUUCUCCCACGGCAGAAUCGUGGCCAGAAUUAAGCUCGUUACCCGACUACAAUAAAAUAACAUUUCCAUACCACAAGGGAAUCUUGUGGGAACGAAUUAUUCCGGACGCCCAGCCAGAAGCCAUAGAGCUCGUCAAGAUUAUUUUAAUAUACGACUCGUCCAAAAGACUAACGGCCGAGCAGGCGCUUUGUCACGAGUACUUUCAUACGAAACCCUACCCUUGUCUGAAAUCGGAGCUCAUCAAGCCACCCAACGAUCACCGCAAUCGAUUGAAGCAACAGGAAAUUCAGACUAACAACAAACCAUCUGUCUUGUUCAGAAAUCUCUUGGGGAUAAUAUAAAACAUUUUACUUCCGAGUUACAUAUGAUUCGCCAAGUCUUCUACAUUUUUAUUUGCCAAUGCUUGUAAUCUAUCGAUUAGUUGUAAAUAUCUUUGAAUUAUUGUGUUUUUCCACUCGCUCAUGUACGAACUUCUCAGAUAAUAAUAUUGAUUUUUUGAAUUAUUUAUGAAUUAUUUGCAAUGAUGUGGAUUAUUUUACGUAAUACAUACAUACGUGUGGUUUUGAUAGUAUAGUAAUCUGAUAGUUUUUAUGAAGCGUCGCUCUUGUUAUACUACUUUAAUUGAGUGAAAAACUAGUUGUUAAAUAGUGAUAAUCUUUAUUGACAUUUCACACAACAACAUGAGAUGUAAGAAGUAACAUAAACAAAUUGUAUUG